AUCACGCAAUCGAUCGUCUACUCCUUAUCCUCGUGAUGUUUACACUCUCGACACUGCCAAUGAUUAUACCUAUGAACAAUUUGAAGCCUUUCUAGUUAAUGACUCUAUUAGAACUGCUGUUGCUAAUUAUUUAGUUGAAAAUCCCAAAACUACACAAAUUCAGACACCUACCUAUACUACUCCUGUCAAAUGCAAUAUUAAACUUAAUGGACAGCCCUACCACGCUGUAAUCGACAGUGGUGCUGCUGUCAGUAUGAUUUUUAGCCAAGUUGUAAAAGAACUUGGAUUGAAAAUAGAAGCACCCUCUUCUAGCCUUAUUGUCUCAGCCACCGGACCCUCUGUCCGACCCCUAGGCGUAAUUAAAAACUUAUCAAUUGAAGUUGAAGGAACCACCAUUCCCAUGGAUGUUGAAGUAAUGAAUGCUACCUCUUAUUCAUUACUCUUAGGAAAUGACUGGUCACAAAAGGUAGAUGCCACCUACAGUUGGAAAAAUAAGGCUUAUACUCUUAGAUGGAACAAAAAAAAAAUCCAUGUGCCCACUACUUAUGAACACGACCAACCUUUAUCUGCCCAACCAACCAUUACUGAUGAAAAGGAACUAGAAAAGUUCGAACAGGAAUACCUCCGUCCAAAGGAAGCCUAUGUGGUGGAAAUUGAACCUGAUAAUUGGACAACCGUUACCCACAAAUCCAGACCCAGCGCCUCAUUCACUAAACAAAAAUGUGGACGCUGUUACUCUUAUAACCACCUUUAUGCUGACUGUCCUAACAAUGAAUGUUAUCGUUGUCGCCGUUACGGACACCUAGCUGCACAUUGUCCUAAACAAGCCCCCAAACGAAAUGUUUGCAAGACCUGCUCUCAACCCGGACAUCUAUAUAAGGACUGUCCUGAUAACCUCUGUUACCAAUGCAAACAGUAUAGACAUAUCAGUGCCAACUGCCCCCUGAUGACCCAGAUUCUUGAAAACCAACAAUAUCAAUGUGGUUGCCAACCUCAGGAAGUACCCAAAAGACCAGAAGAAAUCAGGCCUUUUGAGCAAACCUUAAUUUGUAAAGGAUGUUGGAUUGAUUUCCACCAAGACCUAGAUCCAGAAGACCCACGAAGUAUAGAGUUCUUCACUAAUGGCGAAGGACGAGGAACGCUAAUGGAAUGUAAGCUCUGUAGAAAGCAAGGAAUUAGAUCUAAGAUAAUUAAACUAGACUCUAUUCGAGAAGAUACUCGGUUUUGCAACCUCGAAUGCUUGUAUGCAUAUAAAGCUGCUAAAGAUGUAGAAUGGAAUUCAAACUACAACCUAUGGACUCGAGUACGCCAUUAUACCGAAUCCACCAGAAAUGCAGGACAUGCAUAUGAUCUUAACCAAAGUCGAAUCUAUCGACUCGCCCAGAUACAGAUUGGAGAAAGUAAUGAAGACCUCGCUCAUACUAUGGAGCCCCAGGCUGCUGACCUGUCUAACCAAGACUAUACCUAUAAUGAAGUCAAUGUUAUCAUGAGAGCCGCCCAAGUACAAUUAAGUGAAACUGAAGAGGACACUCUACAAAGAAUUCUAGAAGAGUCUUUUGACACUAGUCAUCCAGAUUUUGAUCAAAGGAAAGCCAUGGAAAACUUACAAAGAAAUUUUCAAGGAACGGUUGGACUCUGUAAAGAAUGUAUUAUGACCAAAAAGAACACUGAGUUAGAACAAUUUAACUCCUAUUGUGAGGAAUGUUAUAAAGCACUUCACCCUCCUCUAGAUCCAGAAGUUCUGUCUCCUCCAACCUCUCCAACACCAGAAUUACCUAUCGUUGCACCAAUAAAAACUGUGUCAACAACUUUAGAACCCACAGACCUAGUCCCUCUCCUUCAGGAACAGAUUAGGCAACAGGCCCAAAUCAUUGCUCUGCUACAGAAACAAGCUAAAACUUUUGAACACCAGGACCAGACCAUAAAGGAAUUACAAGCUCGACAAUAUCAAAAACUACUCGAAGAUACAGACAAUUCUAGACCCAGAAUUAUUCGAGAGAUUUAUACUGUGACUCAGGAAAUAAAACCAAAAGUAGGACCCUUAACUACUCACCAAGGAGCUCAAUUUCGACAAUUGCUUCUUGAAUUUGCUGACCUCUUUGCAAAGGAUAUGACCCAACUAGAUGAAAUGCUUGACUCACUUGCUGGAGCUACUUAUUUUUCCACCCUCGAUCUUAUGAGUGGAUACUGGCAAGUAAAA